AUGUCAGACAAGCCGGAGAGCAGCAAGACUCGACUCGAAGAGGAUAUCAUCGAACCAUUGUUCCAAAAGGAUUUCUUGUCACAGUUGCCAGAGGAGAUUGCGUUUCACAUAAUCGCCUAUCUGACACCCUGCGAUUUGACGCCGGCGUUCACUCUAACUGGCUUUACGGGUGCUGUUAGGACGUCUCAAGUGAGCGAUGAUGGCAAAUACAUUGUCAGUGGCUCGAAUGAUCAAACGGUGCGGGUUUGGUGUUGUCAAACCGGUGUACAGCGUCAUGUUCUGCAGGGGCAUACGGGUGGUGUUACCUGCAUAAGUCUACAUGGCACAACUCUUGUUUCUGGAUCGUCCGAUCAAACGCUCCGAGUCUGGAACAUUGUCGACGGAAAAUGUCUUCGGAUUUUGACUGGCCACAUGGCGGAGGUUAACUGUGUGGAAUUUGAUGGAAUUCGGGUUGUGUCUGGUGCUGAUGAUUUUACUGUAAAGGUUUGGAAUGUGCAGACGGGGGAGUGUUUGCACACGCUGACGGGUCACACCAAGCCAGUCUAUUCACUUUUGUUUGAGCCGGAGCGCGAUCUUGUCGUCUCGCUAAGUUCUGACGAAACGAUUCGCGUCUGGGAUGUGCGAAGUGCAACAUGCAUCGCGAUUCUUGUCACUGAGGAAAGUCUGGUCUGCCCUGACUGGCAGCUUCGCGGAAACAUUUUGGUCGCUUGCUAUACCGACUCGGACGUUGGGGUUUGGGACAUUCGUGACGGUGGUUCGUGCAUUCAUCGCCUGCAAGGCGUAGAUGGUCACACGUCGGCCAUCACUUCAUUUCAAUGGCUCGACUCGGGACUUUUGGGCCACAAUGAACAUGUGAUCACUUGUCGAAGAAUUCACUCUGGUCGUAUCUUGGCUGGUUAUCUUGAUAAUACGUUGCGGGUCUGGAAUGUUGAUGAUGCUCAACUGGCUUUCACUCUAACUGGCCAUAUGGGUUACAUUGGGACUACUCUAGUGAGCGAUGAUGGCAAAUACAUUGUCAGUGGCUCGACUGAUACAACGGUGCGGGUUUGGUGUGGUCAAACUGGUGUACAGCGUCAUGUUCUGCAGGGACAUACGGAUGCUGUUAACUGCAUAACUCUACAUGGCAGAACUCUUGUUUCUGGAUCGUGCGAUCAAACGCUCCGAGUCUGGGACAUUGUCGACGGGAAAUGCCUUCACAUUUUGACUGGCCACACGUGGAGUGUAUGUUUUGUAGAAUUUGAUGGAAAACGGGUUGUGUCUGGUGCCUAUAUUUUUACUGUAAAGGUUUGGAAUGUGCAGACAGGGGAGUGUUUGCACACGCUGACAGGUCGCACGGGUCCAGUCUAUUCACUUUUGUUUGAGCCGGAGCGCGAUCUUGUCGUCUCGGGAAGUGACGAUAGAACGAUGCGUGUCUGGGAUGUGCGAAGAGGAACAUGCAUCGCGAAUCUUGUCACACAUCAAAAUUCCUGCUCUGACUUCCAGCUUCGCGGAAAUAUUUUGAUCGCCUGCUAUGCCAACUCGGACGUCGGGAUUUGGGACAUUCGUGACGGUGGUUCGUGCAUUCAUCGCUUGCAAGGAGGAAGUGGUCACACGUCGUACAUCAACUCAUUGCAAUGGCUCGACUCGGGACUUUUGGUGACAAGUUCUCACGAUGGCUUGGUCAAGCUGUGGGAUGUGGAUAAAGGUAUCUUUGUUCGUGACCUCGCUCGUCUUCAGGCAGACAGUUGGAUUGGGAGACUCUUCGAGACCGAAACAUUUCUCCUAUGUUCAAUUGCAUCGCGAGACCAAACCGAAAACGGAAAGCUCAUCUUGAUCGAUUUUGACGCAUCGUAUCCA